AUAUUUGAUGAGCACAGGUGAAGCUCAACGAAGCCGGCUGCAGACAGAAAUAAUAGUAUAUAACUCUUGCUAUCUGGUUCUCGCCGUGCUCAAGGUUGAAGCCAUGGUCAGCAUCAAGCUCCUGCAUCUUUCUCUAGCAGCAGUUCUCCUCUUCGGUUGCCAAUCCUGCGAUGGGAAGGUGAUGAUGGAAUAUAUAGGAGCCACCGGGAAUCCGGUGAGGCUCUCCGACGUACCGGUCGAUCCCAACAUCGACUUCCACUUCAUUCUGAGUUUUGCCAUCGACGCCGACCCCUCCGGCGCCCCUCAGAACGGCGUCUUCUCCCCCUACUGGGUCUCCACCCUCACCCCAACUGCUGUCCGAGCCAUGAAAGCCGACCACCCCAACGCCAAGUUCCUCGCGAGCCUCUCCGGUUGGUGCCUCGGCGACAAGGUCCUCCGGUGGUACAACCCGACCGACCCCUCGUCGUGGAUCUCCAACGCCUUCGCCUCUCUCAAGUCACUCGCGGCCGAGUACCACCUCGACGGCAUCGACGUCGACUACGAGGUGUUCCCGAAGAAUGACACAACCUUUACCUUCUGCAUCGGGGAGCUGCUCACCCAGCUCAAGGAGCAGGGCGUGAUCACCGUGGCCACCAUCGCGCCCUACCACGACAUCGCCUGGCGCUACGCCGAGCUCUUCCGGCGGUACGGCGGCGUCAUCGACUACGUGAACUACCAGUUCUACACCGAGCGUGUGAGCCGGCCGAGCGGAUACCAGGAGGCAUUUGCGCUGCGGGCGAAGCAGUUCGACGCGACGAAGCUGCUGCCCAGUUACGAGGUGAACGGAAGAGGGAUUCAGGGCGACUCGUUCUUCGACGCCCUACGGCUGCUCGAGUGCAAGGGAUUCGAGGUGAACGGGGUGAUGGUGUUCUCGGCGGAUGCUUCCUCGUCCAACGGGUACUACUACGAGAGGAAAUCUCAAGCCUUCUUGCUCGACAACAGCACCAAUUGUGAUGCUCGGCUCUGAUGUCUCCAAGUGUACGCGACCACCACGAUGCAAUCAUGAUUGCUUCGGGUCAAAUCCGACUCUUAUCC